UUUCAGGACCCACAACAAACCUGCACAUUGCUUCGGAAAUACUCUGUACUUUGACCCUCAAGCUCCACUUUAAAUAAAGUUUUGCCAGUCACGAUCACAAUGCUGCGGCAUCUGAGGAGGCCACUGGGUAACAAUGCUGGUCUGAUCCUGUCCAGAAUGCAGACGGAACCGAGGAUCAAGGCCAUUGGGCGGAUGUUUUCCGUCCAGGACUCCCUGCCCCGACUUCCUCUCCCACAGAUAGAUCAGACGCUACAGAAGUACCUGCGCACUGUACAGCCGUUAGUCAACGCUGACGACUACCGCCAUACGGAAAAGCUUGUUGAAGCCUUCAAGAAGUCACCUGGCCCUGAGCUGCAAGCUCUGCUGGAAAAAAGGGCAACUGAAAAAGUAAACUGGUUGUCUGACUGGUGGAAGGAUGUGGCGUACCUCAGUAUCCGCACCCCUGUUGUCAUCGCCUCCAACCCGGCGGUCAUCUUCCCUCGACAGGACUACAACGAUAAGAAGGGUCAGCUGAGAUUUGCUGCCAAGGUGAUUGCUGGGGUCAUUGAUUACAAAAUUACGAUUGAUGAGCAGACCCUGCCGGUGGAGCUGUUGGGUGGCAAACCUCUGUGUAUGAUCCAGUACUACACCAUCCUGGGCGGCUGCCGCAUCCCGGGGGUAAAGAGGGACUCCCACGUCCUUUACCCGUCCACUGAUCCCAACCCCCCACGGCAUAUUACCGUCAUGCACAAGAAUCAGCUGUUCUCUGUGGAUGUGUACGGCAACGACAACCGCCCUCUCAAUGUGGAGCAGAUCUACGAGCAGCUGAAGAAGAUCGUGGAGAUGUCCCCCAAUGCCGCACCCUCCAUCGGCGUCCUGACUAUGGGGGACCGGACCAGCUGGGCCAAGACCUACAAGCACCUGGUCAAGGACAAGGCCAACAAGACUGCCAUGGAGAGCCUGCAGAGAAGCAUCUUUGUGAUGUGCCUUGACAGUACCGGGCCGCAGCCCACUGAUGAGGACCACGCCAACUCCCUCGCCAUCACUCAGAUGCUGCACGGCGGAGGCAGUGCGUAUAACUCGGGCAACCGCUGGUUUGACAAGACAUUGCAGUUUGUUGUUGGUGAGAACGGAGUGUGCGGCCUGAACUAUGAGCACACCACAGCGGAGGGGCCUCCGAUCGCGGCCAUCAUGGACCACGUUCUCACAUUCUGUGAGAAGAAUGAGGAGAUGGGACUGAAGGCAGGUGGCAUGACGGACGUGCGGAAGUUGCCGCUCAACUACUCGCAGGAGCUGCUGAAGGACAUCGAGGAGGCUAAAGUACACGCAGACAGCAUGGCGAACGACGUGGACAUGCGAGGGUUGACGUACGAGGGGUACGGCAAGAACUUCCCCAAGUCCCAGCGACUCAGUCCUGAUGGUUACAUCCAGAUAGCCAUGCAGCUGGCCUACUUCAAAUUGUAUGGCAAGCCAUGUGCCACGUACGAGACGGCAUCACUGCGCCGGUUCAAGCUGGGACGCACCGAUACCAUCAGAUCUUGUUCGGUUGACUCCUUCAAUUUCACCAAGGCCAUGCUGGACAGCUCCAUAUCACGGGAGGUGAAGGUCGACCUCUUCAAGAAGGCUGUCAUGGCUCACAGAAAGUACACGGAUGAGGCUAUUAACGGCAGUGGAAUCGACCGUCACCUUCUGGGGUGGAAGCUAGCAGCAGUGGAGGCUGGCAUGAACAUCCCCGAUCUCCACAUGGAUGGCUCCUUCGCCACCAGCCUGUACUUCAAGAUAUCCACUAGCCAGGUUGCUGCCAAGCAUGAUGCGGUGAUGGCGUUCGGUGCCGUCGUCCCUGACGGCUACGGCAUCUGCUACAACCCUCAGAACACAAAGAUCAACUUCUCUGUGUCGUCAUAUUUCAACAGUCCGGAGACCGACUCCAAACGCUAUGAAACAGCACUGAAGGAGAGCCUGGACGACCUGCAGACUUUACUGGGACCUCCUCAAGCCAAGUUGUAACCUGGUGUAUGACUUGGUGUGUGACCUUGUAUGUGAUGUGUGUGACCUGACUGUAUGUAUGGCUGCAGAUUGAGUCACACUGGUGUAUCUACAUCAGUGUGUACCAUCAUGACAUGAGCGUGGAAAAAGAUGCUAGAAAACGUCAAAAUUUUGUCCUUGAUCCCCACCUUCUGUAACUGUUUGUGUCCAUAUUUUGUAAACCGUUUUGCUGCUGUCCAUAUGUUUUGUGUCUUUCUCAUCUCCAGUCUCCCAGCAAAACAGCAGAAGAGAAAUAGAAGUGAAAAAAUAUUUUUUAUCAGAUUGUGUGUCUUAUUUUAUCUCAUAUUAAAGUUACUUGGUAAUAUUUUAUGAUGUAGAUUGAGUCACUCUGCUUUAGAAACAAUGUUUAAAGGUCACAUGCAA